CUCUGAGGAAACUACAUCAGUGACAGAAAAAUCUCAUGCACGGUUGCAAAAUAUAAACAAUCAUAUUUGAUCCAUAUGUCACAAAUUCACAAAUUACUACCACAUUUAUAUGGAGAUAUGGUGACUCGGCCAGAACCUAAAAACCUAAAAUAAUAACUAUCACGCCUAGAAAAUAUUAUUGACACACCAUUUUAAGUGAGCUUUUUUAUUUACAAAUAUGUGCACUACCACCUUUCUAUAAUAAACAGAACAAACGUAUCUAUUGACACCGGUGUCUUUUCCAUUGCAUCAGCCAAGCCAGGGUAGUUCGUACCAUAGAUGUGGCGGGCCCGGCUAAGAUUGACAGUUGGUUUCUCCAAUAGAAAUUGACAUUUGCGGAUGUACCGGUGCUUAGACCAAUGGACGGAUGCCGUGGGCGUGUUCACUGUCUCUGUGCUUUCCUUUUAGUCGAGCAGCGUGGGCUAAAGCGGUGUGUCUGGGAGCAGUGACACUUUCAUUCUGCGGGAAUAGCGACUUCUGCAGCUGAUUCAGAAUGGACUCCUCUUUGAGUGCAUCUCAAAUCCGCGAGAAGUUCAUUGACUUCUUCCGCCGCUAUGAGCACAAGUACGUCGACUCGUCAUCCACCAUCCCAAUGGACGACCCCACACUGCUGUUUGCUAAUGCUGGCAUGAACCAGUUCAAGCCCAUCUUUCUCAACACCAUCGAUCCGUCCCACCCUAUGGCCAAGCUGCGUCGUGCCGCCAACACCCAGAAGUGUAUCCGUGCAGGAGGUAAACACAACGACCUCGACGAUGUGGGUAAAGAUGUCUACCACCACACCUUCUUCGAGAUGCUGGGGUCCUGGUCCUUUGGGGACUACUUCAAGCACCUGGCCUGUAAGAUGGCCUUGGAGCUGCUGACCCAGGAGUUUGGUAUUUCCAUAGAGCGCCUGUAUGUCACCUACUUCGGGGGUCACGCUGACUCCGGCCUGGAGCCCGACCUGGAGUGCAAACAGAUCUGGAUCGACCUCGGGAUGGAGGAGGCUCGUAUCCUGCCAGGCAGCAUGAAGGACAACUUCUGGGAGAUGGGAGACACCGGCCCCUGCGGUCCCUGCAGUGAGAUCCACUUCGACCGCAUCGGAGGGAGGGACGCCUCUCACCUGGUGAACAUGGACGACCCCAACGUCCUGGAGAUCUGGAACCUGGUGUUCAUCCAGUUCAACAGAGAGUCAGAGACUGAGCUGAAGCCACUGCCACAGAAGAGCAUUGACACAGGGCUGGGCCUGGAGCGCCUGGUGUCCAUACUGCAGAACAAGAUGUCCAACUACGACACUGACCUCUUCGUCCCGUACUUUGAAGCCAUUCAGAAGGCUACAGGUGCUCGACAUUACACCGGUAAAGUAGGUGCCGAGGAUACUGACGGUAUUGACAUGGCCUACCGUGUGCUGGCUGACCACGCCCGCACCAUCACCAUCGCCCUGUCAGAUGGCGGCCGGCCCGACAACGCAGGAAGAGGCUACGUGUUGAGGAGGAUCCUGCGUCGCGCCGUCCGUUAUUCCCAUGAGCUGGGAGCUCAGAGAGGCUUCUUUGCUUCUCUGGUGGAUGUGGUGGUUGAGACCCUGGGCAACGCCUUCCCCGAGUUGAAGAAAGACCCAGAAAUGAUGAAGGACAUUAUUAAUGAGGAGGAGGUGCAGUUCCUCAAAACCCUCAACAGGGGUCGCCGUAUCCUUGAUAGAAAGAUCAUGAGUCUGGGAGAGAGCAAGACCAUCCCAGGUGACACUGCGUGGCUGUUGUACGACACGUACGGCUUCCCUCUGGACCUGACCUCCCUCAUCGCAGAGGAGAAGGACAUGGUGGUGGACGUCGCCGCCUUCGAGGAGGAGAAGGCAGCAGCACAGUUAAAGUCCCAUGGUAAGGGCGCAGGAGACGUGGACCACAUCAUGUUGGACAUCUACGCCAUUGAAGAGCUGAGAAACAAGAAGAUCCCCGCCACAGAUGACUCUCCCAAAUAUAAAUACACCUCAGAGGAAAACGGCAACUACAAUUUUGAGCAGGUCUCAGCCUCAGUGCAGGCUCUGCGCUGCGACCGCGCCUUCUGCGAUGAAGUGACCACGGGUCAGGAGUGCGGGGUGCUGCUGGACACGACGUCCUUCUACGCCGAGCAGGGCGGGCAGACAUUUGACGAGGGCUACAUGGUUCGAGAGGACGACAGCACAGAGGAUCGGAUGGAGUUCACAGUGAAGAAUACGCAGGUUCGAGGAGGUUACGUCCUCCACCUGGGGACGGUGUACGGCACUCUGAAGGUCGGAGACCGCGUUACCUUACGUGUGGAUGAGGCUCGUCGUAGGCCCAUCAUGUGCAACCACACCGCCACACACAUCCUGAACUUCGCCCUGCGGGGGGUUCUGGGAGAGGCAGACCAGAGGGGCUCCCUGGUCGCCCCCGACCGCCUGCGCUUUGACUUCACUGCUAAAGGUGCCCUGAGCACGGGGGAGGUCCGCCGGACUGAGGAGAUCGCUUGUGCGAUGAUAAAGGAAGAGAAGCAAGUGUACGCCAUGGACGCCCCACUAGCCAAAGCCAAGGCUAUUCAGGGCCUGCGUGCCGUGUUCGAUGAGACCUACCCCGACCCCGUCCGAAUCGUGUCUGUUGGCAUCCCCGUUGAGGAGCUGCUGGAGAACCCCGACAGUACCGCCGGUUCUCUCACCUCCAUUGAGUUUUGUGGUGGAACCCAUCUGCAGAACUCCGGUCACGCCGCACCGUUUGUCAUCGUCUCAGAGGAGUCCAUCGCUAAGGGCAUCCGGCGCAUUGUUGCUGUGACAGGAACAGAGGCCCAGAAGGCCCAGAGAAAAGCUGAUUCCCUGCUCCAGUCUUUGUCCGGACUGGGAGACAAGGUGAAGCAGCAGACGGCCCCAAACAAGGACGUUCAGAAAGACAUCGCCGACAUGACUGAGUUGAUAGGCACCGCAAUGAUCUCCCAGUGGAAGAAGGAUGAGAUGAGAGAAUCCCUAAAGGGCCUGAAGAAGACCAUGGACGACUUGGACCGCAACUACAAGGCCGACAUCCAGAAGAGAGUCCUGGAAAAGACCAAGGAGGUGAUGGAAAGCAGCCCCAACCAAGCGCUGCUUGUCAUGGAGAUGGAGACCGGAGCCUCUGCUAAGGCCCUGAACGAGUCCCUGAAGCUGCUGAAGUCUCACUCUCCUCAGACCGCUGCGAUGCUCUUCACUGUGGACCCAGACGCCGGCAAGAUCACCUGCCUGUGUCAAGUCCCACAGGAUGCGGCCAACCGAGGUCUGAAGGCCAGCGAGUGGGUUCAGGAGUUGUGCCCCCUGCUGGACGGCAAAGGUGGUGGAAAGGACAUGUCUGCUCAGGCCACGGGGAAGAACACACAGUGCAUGCAGGAGGCGCUGCAGAUGGCCAACCAGUUUGCCCAGCUUAAACUGGGAGAGAACUAAGAGGAGAGAGGGGUCUGUGUGGGAGGUGGAGGAGGAUGCAAUCAUAGGUUGGAUAGCAAAGAGGAAAUAAGAUAAGACGGUCGAGUCUUAACUGAGUUAUAAAUCGCCAAAUACUCCUCCUUUCCUCCGUCCGUUUCUUCUCCCUUUGAAGAAGUACAGUCGACCAUUAUUUUAAUACAACCCCCGCUUGUUCAAGGCUGCUUUAAACUGCAAAACUUAAACUUAAUGUACCACUUAAACUCAGCGGAGCUCUAAAAGAAUUUAGGUUCUGUAUGUCCUUUGAUCUGAUCCGUGAACAGUGGCUCCGUCCAUCGGUGUGAGCGAAAGCCUGAGCUCUCCUGUGGUCGGUUGCACUUGAGUUGUACACGCACUAGCUGUAUCGUAAUGUUGCUAUUCGAAUAAUAAGCCAUCAUCUGACGUGAAGAAGUCAAUGGGUUUACUUUAGUGAAAGAAUUAAUUAACUGUACUAACAAACAAUACCAACAAUUAAUCUGUGUAACUUAAUUUCGAGGACUUCCGAUUGAUUGCAAAAUGUUGAAAAUGUAUUUUUUACCUGUUCCAUGUCAGAUAUGUUAUGGGAAUGGAAUAAACACAACUGGUUAAUGCCA